GUAUUCGAUAUUAGUCCAUGAGCGUCAUGGAUUUUCUUUCCAUUUCAUUGCAUCCUAUACCUAUAAGUUUAGCAGCAAUUCUUUUAGCUAUGUUUAUGGUUAGACCCCAUGCCAGAAGAUUAUGUGAGAAGAGAAAGAGAUAUCAUCCUGUUGCUGGAACUGUCUUGAACCAACUGAUCAACUUCCCUCGGCUGCACCAUUACAUGACUGAGCUUGCAUGCAAAUAUACAACUUACAGGUUGCUUGGCUUUUUCAGAAGUGAGGUUUACACCUCAGAUCCUGCAAAUGUUGAAUACAUGCUCAAAACGAACUUUGUAAAUUAUGGCAAGGGCUUGUACCACCACAGCAUUUUGUCAGAUAUUGCAGGGGAUAGUAUUUUCACUGUGGAUGGGGAAAGCUGGCAGCAUCAAAGGAAGUUAUCAAGCUAUGAAUUCUCAACCAAAAUAAUGAGAGACUUCAGCCUGCAAGUCUUCAGAACCAAUGCAGUAAAACUUGCUCGGAUAAUUUCUGAAGCUAUAACCUUUGACCAAGCAAUAGAAAUCCAAGAUUUGUUUAUGAAAUCCUCCUUAGACUCAAUCGUCAGGAUUUUUCUUGGUAUCGACCUUGACACCAUGGGUGGAACAAAUGAAGAAGGUAUCCGGUUUUCCUAUGUCUUUAAUGAAGCAAACGAAUUUAUCCUCUAUCGAUACGUUGAUUUCUUCUGGAAGAUCAAGCGGUUCUUAAACAUUGGUUCUGAAGCAGUGCUAAAGAAUCAUAUCAAAGUGAUAGAUCAAUUUAUGUAUACAUUAAUCAAAAGCAAGAUGGAUGCGGUCCAUCAGUCAGAAGAUAAUCUACCCCUAAAGAAAAGAGACUUUAUUUCAAGGCUUUUGGAAAUGAAAGAGACCAAUCCAAAGUAUAUUAAAGACAUGGGAGUCAAUUUUAUUAUUGCCGGGAAAGAUACUGUGGCUACUGCUCUUUCUUGGCUUUUUUAUAUGCUCUGCAAGUAUCCUCGUAUACAAGAAAAGAUUUCACAGGAGGUUAGAGAAGCAACCAAUAUGAAAGAUAAUUCAAGUAUGGAUGAGCUUGCAGCCAGCCUUACUGAAGAAGUCCUCGACAAAAUGCAAUAUCUCCAUGCAGCUUUGACCGAGACACUCAGACUUUACCCUGCAGUUCCAGUGAAUGCAAAGGUUUGUUUUUCUGAUGAUACCUGGCCAGAUGGAUUUAGUGUCAAAAAAGGGGAUAUGGUGGCAUACCAACCUUAUGCCAUGGGCAGGAUGAAGUUUCUAUGGGGUGAUGAAGCAGAAGAGUUUCGGCCAGAGAGAUGGCUUGAUGAAAAUGGCAUUUUCCAGCCAGAAAGCCCUUUCAAAUUCACGGCCUUCCAGGCUGGUCCCAGAAUUUGCCUAGGAAAAGAAUUUGCUUAUAGGGAGAUGAAGAUCUUUUCUGCUGUGCUUUUAGGCAACUACAUAUUCAAGCUGGCCGAAAAGAAAACAGGGGUCAGCUACAGGACCAUGAUCAACCUCCAUAUUGAUGGGGGACUUUACGUUCUUGCCGCUCCAAGAUUGAAGCUUGAAAGAUCUUAGGUGUUUAGUGAAUGCAGUACUGUACUGGUGUUUAAUUACCACUAUAAAAUAAGUUACUUAUUGUGAAUUGAAACAACAUAUCGGUAGCAGUGAUGUUCUCCAUUGGAUUGUGAUAUUGUUACACCAUUAAACUGAGAAUGACUUCGAAAUGGGUCGUUCGGCAUCGUUAUCGUAGAAAUUCAGAAAUAAGUGCUCUAGUUAUUGUACUCGUCUUUCUGAGCACAACUUGUCGGCAAUCAGAUAUAUAGGAGAGCAAGAGCUUAAGCAAAAUGUGGACAAAAGACUUUUUUGUUGUAGGGGGAGUGCUAGGCUCACACUCAUACACACUCACCUGAGCCACACUCGGACAUGUGUCAAGUUCUCAUUGAUUUUUAAUAUUAAAGUACACAAUAACAAUAAAAGCUGUUUUUGUAUAAGUCCAUAAA